AUGGUUGAAAAUCUCAGGACAAACUAUCUCGCCCUACGAAAUCGUUCUAACUUAUGCCCCCCUUGGGGCAAAUUUGCUUAUGAGGUUCUUUCCGAAAGGGUAGGGGGCCGGAAGGUAGAGAGCUUUUGGUAUGAAGAUGAACAAGACGAAGCAGUGUUUGGCACGUUUGUUCGACUAGUUGAUAUUCCAGGCACUCUUUCUGGAGAUAUCCUUCGCUUGCUAAAAGAUUUGCCAUCGAUCGAGGGUCAUUUCGAAAUCGACGGGGACAUUAUCCGUCAAAUUGCCAAUCCACCAAAGCCUCCGAACCGCGAAGAUGAUUCAGAGGAUCUUACACCUAUUCUUGCUCGCCUGCCUGAGAUAGAGAUCGAUCCUUCGCGUCAUUUUAGGAAGAAAGGAAAAUACCUGAGCGAAGUCGAAAAUCUCCUCAAAUGCCAAGGAGGCAGUUGCCCAGGCACACCUCUCUCACCACACACUAUCAAGCUGCUUGGAAAAUCUCCUGCCGGUGAACUUGUUUUCGAGAAGCUCGAUCCACGGUAUUUCGCCCUUGGUCGCUUUUGCUCGAUAGCCAUUUACAAGCAGUGGAUUUUACAUAUUAUUGCCGCACUGAAGGUUCUUCAUUCAUUGGGAAUUGUCCAUCGUGAUCUUCACAUCGAAAACCUGUUGUUUUCAACGUAUGGCCAAACACUGGUUCUCGCUGAUCUCGAAAGCCGCUGGGGACAGCGUAGUGCACCCGAGAUAGUGCUCGAAGAUACGUUGGAUUCCCACUGGACUGAAAAAUCCGAUAUAUAUGAUAUUGGUGUUGUCAUCAAAUGCAUCAUCUACGCAAAUAUUCCAAUGACUGCGGAAGUUGAAUGGCCUGUUCCUCCGCCUUUUGAUCGGAUUGUUGAGGUGUGCAUGCGUACUGACCCUGCACAGCGACCGGAGCUGAAUGAAUUGGAGGCCAUGGUGGAGAGUAUCUCAACCUAG